AUGCUGUCUCUUAUUCCCCUCACUCUCGUCUCAGCUGUCUUGGCUCAGAACACAACUGACAUCAUCUCCGACCCUCCUGGUGCCUCUACUACCAUCGAUAGCUCCACUGAGUCUCCUGGUGCCUCUACUCCUGUCGAACUCCUCGAGAGCUCCACCCUGCCUACCAGUUCCACCGUUGACUCCACCCCCGUUGCCUCUGUCGUGAGCUCCACCCAGUCUCCUAGUGCCACUGUCGACUCCACCCCCGUCGACGCUAGCACCCCUGCUCCUACUCCUACUUCUACCACCACUCCCUCUCCUCCUACAGCCGAGGAGCUCUCGCAGCUCGAUGCCACCAUUGCUGGUCUCCAGGACACUCUGGAUACACUCCUUGCCGAAGUUUCCGACUCCCCUGAGCUUCAGCAGCUUGUGGCUGACGUCUCCGCUUCUCUUGACAGUGUCAUGAGCCGUCUAGCUGAGCUGCAGGCCACAACUGCUGCCAAGAGACACAUUAUGAUGUGGAUUGCCAAGAGAGAUACCGCCUCUGACCUCAUCGACGAUGUCGUGACUCUUCUGGACCAGCUGCGAGCUGUUGUUGCCAUUAUUGAGCCCAUCGAGAACAAGUCUGAUGCUCUUCAGGCCAACCUCGACAGUGUUUUGAACACCAUUGCCGAGCUUGAGGCUUGGUUGGAAGCUGUGAACGCAGAGGAUGAAGUUGCUUCCAGCUCUUCUGCUGGUGAUAUCCCUGCUACCUCUGGUAAUGUCCCUGCUACCUCUGGUGAUGCCUCUGCUUCUGCUACUGCCUCUGGCGACGCCCCUGCCUCCUCUGGUGCCGCUGUCUCCGGUGAUGCUUCUGCUUCUGUCUCCCCCAUCGCUGCAAACACUACUGCUGAGUCCACUACCCUCACCACCACCCAGACCGUCACCCACUGCGAGAACAGCGCUUGCAGCAACACUGUCGUCACUCUGACCACCUGUGUCCCCGUCAUCCACACCGUCACCACCUGUCCCACUGUCAUUGAGGGUAAGACCCUCACAGUUGUCGUUCCCUGCGAGAUUGAGACCGAGUACGUUCAUGCUGAUCCCACUGUCGCUGGUGAGCCCAAGAUCAAGACCAAGACCAUCUCUGGCUACAAGGUUGUUGAGACCAUCAAACCUAUCAAGUCCGAUUCCCCUGACAUCCUGCCCAUUCCCGUCGAAACCGUGGAGACUCAUCUAACCACCAAGACUCUCGUGUCUAGCGGCCUCACCACCACCAUCACUGGAACUAUUCUUGUCACCAGAGUCCUCGAAACCCCGUUGGCUCCUACUCAAGCCAACUUCACUUCUGUGGUCGCGGUUCCUUCCACUGUUGCCCAGGCCAACUCUGGAGACAAGCUGACAAUUGGAGCUCUUGCCCUUCUGCCUCUGCUGCUGAUGUAG